GUGGUUGUGGUGCUCCUACAAGGUUACACUUUGCUGAGCUAAAUGAGGAGCAUAGAAAUGAGAUUGAUUUUUCUGUUGGGAAGACUGUGCAAUACACUUGCCGACCUGGAUAUGCUAAACACCCAGGAAUGUCACCUACUAUUACAUGUCUUGAGAGCGGAGUGUGGUCAGAAGCACUAGAGUUCUGUAUCCCUUGUGAGCCGCCUCCGGACAUUCCCAACGGGAAGCACACAGGCAAGCUGCUGGAUGAAUUCUACUUUGGCACAUCUGUAACAUACAUCUGCAACCCUGGGUACCCGCUCCACGGGGAGUCCUCCAUCUACUGCACCACCCGGGACGGGAAAAACGGCGAGUGGAGCGGCCCACCCCCACAGUGCGGAGCUGGCUGCAAUGCACCUACCACACUGGCAUUUGCUGAGCUGAAGGAGCUGUACGGCAACCAGACUGUCUUUCCCGUGGGGAGGACAGUGGAAUAUGUGUGCCGGCCUGGGUACGCCCAGCACCUGGGGAUACCACCAACCAUUACAUGCCUCAGGAAUCGGACCUGGUCUGCGGCACUGGAAUUCUGUAAAAGGAAACAAUGUGCUAACCCAGGGGAUCUGGAAAACGGCAGAACUGUUGUCCUGACAGACCUCCUCUUCGGGUCCAAAGUGAAUUACACUUGUGACAAAGGGUACAAGUUGGUUGGCGAGUCUCAGAGAACGUGCGAGGUCUCUGGCUCACGUGUCUCAUGGAGUGGCGAUGCUCCUGUCUGCCAGCGUAUCGUCUGCAAUCCGCCUCCAGACAUCCCCCACGGGAGACACAGCGGUCAAUCCAUGGACACCUUCUCCUACGCGGACGUGGUCACCUCCACCUGCAUCGCCAACGCAGAGCACAGCAGCCAGCCCUCGGACACCCACGUUCUGGGCUCGGUUGUGCAGUACACCUGCAGGGAUGGCUACUCCCUCAUUGGGAAUGCUUCCAUUAGCUCAAAAGGCUGCAAAAGACCGGAGAUCGAGAACGGAAGAACAACUGGGCUGGAGACUGUGUACAGACCUGAAGACGUUAUCAUUUUUGAAUGUGAUUUUGGUUACGCCUUGAAGGGCUCUCAGGAGUCUCAGUGUCAUUUUGGGGGCCUGUGGGACCCUCCUGUCCCCAUCUGUGAAAAGACCAGGACGUAUUUCUCACGUGCGUUUCGUUUCUCAGCAGCUGUCUGUGGGACACCAACAAUAUUAUCAUUUGCUGAGCUAAAGAAUGAGUAUAAAAAUCAGACUGAUUUUCCUGUUGGGAAGACUGUGAAGUACACUUGUCGUCCUGGAUAUAUGAAACAUCCACAAAUAUCACCAACUAUUACGUGUCUUGAGAACCAAACGUGGUCUGAAGCCCGGGAGUUUUGCAAGCGGAGAAGGUGCGACCAUCCUGGAGAACUGGAGAACGGCAGAGUUAUCAUUAUAACAGAUCUCUUCUUCGGGUCAACAGUGAAUUACACCUGCAAUGAAGGGUGA